UUCACAUUUUUGCUAUUAUUAAAUUAUUAUUUAAUAUUUACAUUUUAAUAAUUCAUAAAAUAUCAUGUCAUAUUAUUAUAUUAAAUAGUAUUACGACUUGAUAUACCAGUCGUUAAGUAGGUAUAUCAUGAUUCGUGAACAUUGAAUAGUACUUUCUCGCGUGGUCGCGUAUAGUUUUCAUUACGUUAUAGAAUUAUUUAAUUAUAUUUGCUACAGGUUUAAGAAGACACUAUACCUGCAUACUUUAUCUCCGUUUUACAAAUGUACAACAUAGCAAAUUUGCUUCCAAUAGAACAACUUAUAUUUUGUUAAAUUUAAUUUUAUAGUAAAUUGGCCUAUUAUCAAGUUCAAAGAAUAUAAUUAACAAUGGAUUUAAGUGAUGAUGAAGAAUUUUAUGAUAGUGAUCAGAGUGAUGUGGGCGAACAAAGUUUACAUGCUAUGCUCAGUAAAACUCUUUAUGAUAAAGACAAUGAGUAUGAAGAAUAUGGAGAACAAAUUGCUGGUGAAGAAGAAGCAUUGGGUAGUGUGCAAGAGGAAGUACUUGGUAAAGUCACUGAUGAUGGUGUUCAAGAAGAAGUUGUCUUAGGUCCAGUAUAUAGCGAGAAAGAAGAUCCAAAUUUGAACGAAAAAUCAAAAGGGCCAGAUUCAAAGUUUGUUAAAAAAUUAGAAGAUGCUGAAGAAGUAGUUUUAACACCAGAAGUUCUAGGUGAAUUAGAAAAUAAACAUUUUUUCGAUGGACUUGAUGAUGAUAAUUUUGAACCAAUAAAAAAAAAAAAAAAACUAAGCAAUGAAAGUAAUAAUGCAAAUCCUCAUAAAACUAUUAUUAUGCAUAUACCUCAAUUCAUUCGAUGCAACAAAGGGGGUCAAUCUAUUCAAGUUCAAAACAUUGUUUGUGGUGCCAACAUGGGGUGUCCUUUAGACUUAGUAAGAAUCGUUAUGUGGACUAGUAACUCUGAGUAUAAUCCACAGCGAUUUAAUGGGCUAAUUAUGCGCCUUCGUACACCUAAUGUCACUAGCUUAUUAUUUCCAUCAGGCAAAAUGAUCAUGCAAGGAGCUAAAGAUGACCGAACUGGAAAUUUAGGUUGUCGAAAAGUAGCAAAAAUUUUAGAACGACUUGGACACAAUGUACAAUUUUGUGACUAUACAGUGCAUAAUAUUGUAUGCACAUGGGAUGUUGGUUUCCCAAUAAUGUUGGAAGAAUUAAAUACUGCUCACUCACAAUUUACCAGCUUUGAGCCAGAAGUAUUUCCUGCGUUAAUUUAUCGGAUGGUCAAACCUCGAGCAGUGUUUUUAAUGUUUGUAAAUGGAAAAGUAGUUUUGACAGGUCUUAAAACAAAAGCAGAUAUAAAAGAAUCUGUCUUUUUGAUGCAAGAUGUAUUAAACAAUUUCAGAAAAACUUGAAACAAAAUACUGGUUUUUAUUUUGAAGUUAUUUUUGUUAAUUAUUGUAAUAUAUAUAUUUAUGUAUACUUAAGUACUUAUAUAAAUAUGUAUGUAUAUAAAUCAUUUUUUUUCUUAAAAGAAAAUUAUAAUUUAUAUUUCCUUGGUA